AUGGCCAUAGUAAUUCUAUACAAUGAGUGUCGAAUUUAUACCAUGACAUGCGAAGCGAAAAAAGCUGUUGGUUUGGCGAUUUUUUUACAAUGCCUCGAGCCAAUUGCUCAAUAUUUGGUUGUGGAACAAGCAGAAAGCAUGUUGGGCUCGGAAUCUUUCGAAUUCCGUCUGGCAAAGACGAAUUAUCAACUAGAGCUCGAGAGGCUUGG